CAUAUGAUUAUCCAACUGUAAAGCAACCUCCCUUGGAUACCCCACAGAGGGCACAAAUGCAGGGAUGGAAUCCUAAAAUCUUCAUCCACUACCACCACCACCCUCAACCUUUUCCUUCACCGCUUAUUUGCAAGAACAGAAAUGUCAUAAACCCUGAAGAACCCAAGUACCAGAAGAAUCAAAGCUCAGCAUGCCUUCAAGAUCCUUCCCUCCAAGCCCAGGCCUUGCCGGACCCAGUUCCUUCAAUAGAAACGAAGUCCUGUUCUUAGUCCUGACAAUAUCAUCCUCUCUGGUCAUCAUCUUGACCAUCCUCUACUUGCUCUACCAUUUUUAUCACUCCAUUGCGAACGGGCCAAGAACAAUCCCGUUUGACUCCAGUGCUCCUCUCAAGAUCGAGAGGUUCUCUUACAAGGAGCUGAAAUCUGCUACCUCGGACUUUGAUGAGGCCAACAUGAUUGGGAAAGGCGGGUCUGGUACUGUCUUUAAGGGGGUAUUGAAGGACGGCAAGUUAGUUGCUGUGAAGAGACUCGAUGCCAUGUCACUAGAGACAGAGAGGGAGUUCCAGAAUGAGUUGCAGAUUCUCGGUGGGCUUAGAUCACCAUUCCUGAUCAAUCUGUUGGGGUACUGUGUGGAGAAAAAUAAGAGGAUACUUGUGUACGAGUAUAUGCCAAACCGGAGUUUGCAGGAGCUGCUUUUCGGAGAAGGCGACUCGAGUUCGAGCUUGAGUUGGGAGAGGAGGUUUGCCAUUAUACUGGAUGUUGCAAGAGCCCUGGAAUUCUUGCAUCUUGGUUGUGAUCCACCUGUGAUUCAUGGAGAUGUUAAGCCGAGUAAUGUCCUGCUCGACUCGGAACUCCGGGCCAAGGUUUCGGAUUUCGGCUUGUCGAGAAUGAAAAUCGAGGGCGAGUAUGGGGUGGAUAUGUUCAGCCAGGACUUAGGCAAGAGUCAGGAUUUAUGGAAGAGCCAAGAGCUGUCAGGAACUCUGACUGCAGAGACUCCAGCUAUUGCUACUCCAGUUGAACAAGCGGAGUGCGUGCCUGAGGUAGAUUUUGCCCUUGCUUUGCAAGCUUCUUCUUCGUCAAAGAAUAGUAGGACAUGUUAUACUGUGAAAGCUCUGAACUUGAACUCUGUUAGUUAUAAUGCUAGCAUUGGGACUGAGAGUGAUCUCAAAGGAGGAAAUGGAAAGGGCAAGGAAGUCUCAGUUGUUGAUGUUGCUUCUGAUGAGUGGAACAAGAAGUUUGUUCCUUAUGAUGGUGAGUUCAACAGCUUUCAUCAUCCUGGAAAUGAUGUGAAUUUCAUUGCUUCUGUGGUUGCCGAUGAUCUGCCGGGUUCAAAACAGUGGGGUAAGGAUUGGUGGUGGAGACAGGACGGAAGUGGUGAACUAUGCAGUAAAGACUAUGUCAUGGAAUGGAUUGGCAGCCAAAUUUGCCCAACCGAUCCAGAUUGGUAUGAUGACAGAAAGAACAUUCCUGGAAAGAGUGACAUAAAUAAUUCAUCGUUGCCAUUAGAUAAAUUAGAGGAUGCGAAUGAAACCCGUGUUCGAGAAGUUGGGAAUCAACAACAUCCUGAUAAGGAACGUGAGAAGAAAGAUGCAAAUGGAAGGCAUCCCUGUCAAAAGACACACAGAAAGAUGCAAGACUGGUGGAAAGAGGAGCACACAGCUGAUAUUAGGAGGAAGCGUAGUAAGUUGAAACAUCUCAAAAUGAAGUGGAAGAAAGGCUUUAAAUUGCCGCAUUUUGGUCUCGGUAGGCGUUUUUACAUCUGUCAAAGGAAAAAGUUUGGAGGGGAACAAAACCGGCAUGAUGCUGACACAAAUGGGGAGUUUAGUUUUAGAAGGGGGCUGAGGAAGAAGAAUGCUCAUUCUAAUGGCAGCGAUAUUUGGAGUGGAGAUCUUUUCAGCCGCGAGCUAAGCAGCACGACAAGCAUGAGAGGAACUUUAUGUUAUAUUGCCCCAGAGUAUGGAGGUUGUGGAUACUUGAUUGAGAAGGCUGAUGUAUACAGCCUUGGGGUGUUAAUCCUAGUCAUUGUGUCCGGGAGAAGACCGUUGCAUGUUCUUGCCUCGCCAAUGAAGUUGGAGAAAGCAAAUUUAGUAAGCUGGUGUCGACACUUAGCUCAGACUGGAGAAAUUUUAGAGCUUGUGGAUGAGAGGUUAAAAGGCAAGUAUAACAAGGACCAAGCUAGCUUGUGCAUUAACUUGGCGUUAAUUUGCUUACAGAAGAUCCCGGAGUUGCGGCCAGACAUAGGAGAUAUAGUUAAGAUAUUGAAAGGGGAGAUGGAUCUCCCACCGCUGCCGUUUGAGUUCUCUCCAUCACCACCGGCAAAACUGAUUGGCAGAUCAAGGAGGAAACCGAAAACUAAUGCAGAGUAAAGGUUUGACCUGAAGUUAGAUAUUCUGAGUUGAUCAAAUCACUUUCGAUGUACAUAAGCAUUGAGUUUAACCCUGUAUCGUGUACACUUCAAUAGGAUUCUAGUUUCUUUUUCUAUUUCAGUGGCUGCAAAGUCUGUGGCCUUCUGUUUUGCCACCAUCAUUCUCGAUCUGCAUUGUAUGCUGGACGAACAUAAUUAUAGUCUCAAUCUCAAAUUCUGGAUACCAAGAUUGUUAAGAACUUCAAUUGGACAUGAUGGUUGAGAGA